AUGACGACCCUCCGUGCUGCGCCUCAUCCUACCAUGGCCGCGACGCUCAACUCGCAGCAGCUCGCUGUGUUGCUCACAUCGCACGCCCACCUCGCAUCCGUCGCAGCACCCCCGCUUGAGUCUGGCGGUGGUGCGGCGGUUAGUGCGCGAGGUGACGGAGAGGGCGGUGGGCGUGGAGGUGACGGAGAGGGCGGUGGGCGUGGAGGUGACGGAGAGGGCGGUGGGCGUGGAGGUGACGGAGAGGGCGGUGGGAGUGGAGGUGACGGAGAGGGCGGUGGGAGUGGAGGUGACGGAGAGGCGGUGGGCGUGGAAGUGACGGAGAGGGCAGUGAGCGUGGAGGUGACGGAGAGGGCGGUGGGCGUGGAGGUGACGGAGAGGGCGGUGGGCGUGGAGGUGACGGAGAGGGCGGUGGGCGCGGAGGUGACGGAGAGGGCAGUGGGCGAGGAGGUGACGGAGAGGACGGUGGGCGUGGAGGUGACGGAGAGGGCGGUGGGCGUGGAGGUGAAGGAGAGGGCGGUGGGCGUGGAGGUGACGGAGAGGGCGGUGGGCGUGGAAGUGACGGAGAGGGCGGUGGGCGUGGAGGUGACGGAGAGGGCGGUGGGCGUGGAGGUGACGGAGAGGGCGGUGGGCGUGGAGGUGACGGAGAGGGCGGUGGGCGUGGAGGGCGGUGGGCGUGGAGGUGACGGAGAGGGCGGUGGGCGUGGAGGUGCCGUAGAGGGCGGUGGGCGUGGAGGUGCCGUAGAGGGCGGUGGGCGUGGAGGUGACGGAGAGGGCGGUGGGCGUGGAGGUGACGGAGAGGGUGGUGGGCGUGGAGGUGAUGGAGAGGGCGGUGGGCGUGGAGGUGACGGAGAGGGCGGUGGGCGUGGAGGUGACGGAGAGGGCGGUGGGCGUGGAGGUGACGGAGAGGGCGGUGGGCGUGGAGGUGACCCGCGGCGUGCGGCGGGGCAGCAGCUUGCUUGCCUGCAUUCUUAUCGCACGUUUGAUCGCGCAGCGCAUGCAAAAAGUGAGCCACCACACUGCCUGCUCCACCACACGCACUGCACCGUACUCUACCGCAUUCAACAUCCAUACCCUCACAGCUCUCACCGUGUCCUUCCUUCACCCCGCCCCAUUCUCCCGCUUUCCAUCACCUCGCCCCAUUCUCCCGCUUUCAAUCACCCCGCCCCAUUCUCCCGCUUUCCAUCACCCCGCCCCAUUCUCCCGCUUUCCAUCACCCCGCCCCAUUCUCCCGCAUUCCAUCACCCCGCCCCAUUCUCCCGCUUUCCAUCACCCCGCCCCAUUCACCCGCUUUCCACCACCCCGCCCCAUUCUCCCCCUUUCCAUCACUCCGCCCCAUUCUCCCGCUUUCCAUCACCCCGCCCCAUUCUCCCGCUUUCCAUCACCCCGCCCCAUUCUCCCGCUUUCCAUCACCCAGCCCCAUUCACCUGCUUUCCAUCACCCAGCCCCAUUCUCCCGCUUUCCAUCACCCAGCCCCAUUCUCCCGCUUUCCAUCACCCAGCCCCAUUCUCCCUCUUUCCAUCACCCCGCCCCAUUCUCCCUCUUUCCAUCACCCCGCCACAUUCUCCCUCUUUCCAUCGCCCCGCCCCAUUCUCCCGCUUUCCAUCGCCCCGCCCCAUUCUCCCGCUUUCCAUCGCCCCGCCCCAUUCUCCCGCAUUCCAUCGCCCCGCCCCAUUCUCCCGCAUUCCAUCGCCCCGCCCCAUUAUCCCGCUUUCCAUCACCCCGCUCCAUUCUCCCGCUUUCCAUCACCCGCCCCAUUCUCCCGCACUCCAUCACCCCGCCCCAUUCUCCCUCUUUCCAUCACCCCGCCCCAUUUUCCCACUUUCCAUCACCCCACCACAUUCUCCCGCUUUCCAUCACCCCGCCCCGUUCUCCCGCUUUCCAUCACCCCGCCCCAUUCUCCCGCUUUCCAUCACCCCGCCCCAUUCUCCCGCCUUCCAUCACCCCGCCCCAUUCUCCCGCUUUCCAUCACCCCGCCCCAUUCUCCCGCUUUCCAUCACCCCGCCCCAUUCUCCCGCUUUCCAUAACCCCGCCCCAUUCUCCCUCCUUCCAUCACCCCGCCCCAUUCUCCCGCUUUCCAUCACCCCGCCCCAUUCUCCCGCUUUCCAUCACCCCGCCCCAUUCUCCCGCUUUCCAUCACCCCGCCCCAUUCUCCCGCUUUCCAUCACCGCGCCCUAUUCUCCCGCUUUCCAUCACCCCGCCCCAUUCUCCCGCUUUCCAUCACCCCGCCCCAUUCUCCCGUUUUCCACCACCCGGCCCCAUUCUCCCGCUUUCCAUCACCCCGCCCCAUUCUCCCGCUUUCCAUCACCCCGCCCCAUUCUCCCGCUUUCCAUCACCCCGCCCCAUUCUCCCGCUUUCCAUCACCCCGCCCCAUUCUCCCUCCUUCCAUCACCCCCCUCCUUCCAUCACCCCGCCCCAUUCUCCCGCUUUCCAUCACCCCGCCCCAUUCUCCCGCUUUCCAUCACCCCGGCCCAUUCUCCCGCUUUCCAUCACCCCGCCCCAUUCUCCCGCUUUCCAGCACUCCGCCCCAUUCUCCUGCUUUCCAUCACCCCGCCCGAAUCUCCCGCUUUCCAUCACCCCGCCCCAUUCUCCCGCUUUCCAUCACCCCGCCCCAUUCUCCCUCUUUCCAUCACCCCGUCCUAUUCUCCCUCUUUCCAUCACCCCGCCCCAUUCUCUCUCUUUCCAUCACCCCGCCCCAUUCUCCCUCUUUCCAUCACCCCGCCCCAUUCUCCCUCUUUCCAUCACCCCGCCCCAUUCUCCCUCUUUCCAUCACCACGCCCCAUUCUCCCUCUUUCCAUAACCCCGCCUCAUUCUCGCGCUUUCCAUCACCCCGCCCCAUCUUCCGCUUUCCAUCACCCCGCCCCAUUCUCCCGCUUUCCAUCACCCCGCCCCAUUCUCCCGCUUUCCUGCACCCCGCCCCAUUCUCUCGCUUUCCAUCACCCCGCCCCAUUCUCCCGCGUACCAUCACCCCGCCCCAUUCUUCCGCUUUCCAUCACCCCGCCCCAUUCUCCCUCUUUCCAUCACCCCGCCCCAUUCUCCCUCUUUCCAUCACCCCGCCCCAUUCUCCCGCUUUCCAUCACCCCGCCCCAUUCUCCCUCUUUCCAUCACCCCACCCCAUUCUCCCGCUUUCCUGCACCCCGCCCCAUUCUCUCGCUUUCCAUCACCCCGCCCCAUUCUCCCGCGUACCAUCACCCCGUCCCAUUCUUCCGCUUUCCAUCACCCCGCCCCAUUCUCCCUCCUUCCAUCACCCCGCCCCAUUCUCCCGCUUUCCAUCACCCCGCCCCAUUCUCCCGCUUUCCAUCACCCCGCCCCAUUCUCCCGCUUUCCAUCACCCCGCCCCAUUCUCCCGCUUUCCAUCACCCCGCCCUAUUCUCCCGCUUUCCAUCACCCCGCCCCAUUCUCCCGCUUUCCAUCACCCCGCCCCAUUCUCCCGUUUUCCACCACCCGGCCCCAUUCUCCCGCUUUCCAUCACCCCGCCCCAUUCUCCCGCUUUCCAUCACCCCGCCCCAUUCUCCCGCUUUCCAUCACCCCGCCCCAUUCUCCCGCUUUCCAUCACCCCGCCCCAUUCUCCCUCCUUCCAUCACCCCCCUCCUUCCAUCACCCCGCCCCAUUCUCCCGCUUUCCAUCACCCCGCCCCAUUCUCCCGCUUUCCAUCACCCCGGCCCAUUCUCCCGCUUUCCAUCACCCCGCCCCAUUCUCCCGCUUUCCAGCACUCCGCCCCAUUCUCCUGCUUUCCAUCACCCCGCCCGAAUCUCCCGCUUUCCAUCACCCCGCCCCAUUCUCCCGCUUUCCAUCACCCCGCCCCAUUCUCCCUCUUUCCAUCACCCCGUCCUAUUCUCCCUCUUUCCAUCACCCCGCCCCAUUCUCUCUCUUUCCAUCACCCCGCCCCAUUCUCCCUCUUUCCAUCACCCCGCCCCAUUCUCCCUCUUUCCAUCACCCCGCCCCAUUCUCCCUCUUUCCAUCACCACGCCCCAUUCUCCCUCUUUCCAUAACCCCGCCUCAUUCUCGCGCUUUCCAUCACCCCGCCCCAUCUUCCGCUUUCCAUCACCCCGCCCCAUUCUCCCGCUUUCCAUCACCCCGCCCCAUUCUCCCGCUUUCCUGCACCCCGCCCCAUUCUCUCGCUUUCCAUCACCCCGCCCCAUUCUCCCGCGUACCAUCACCCCGCCCCAUUCUUCCGCUUUCCAUCACCCCGCCCCAUUCUCCCUCUUUCCAUCACCCCGCCCCAUUCUCCCUCUUUCCAUCACCCCGCCCCAUUCUCCCGCUUUCCAUCACCCCGCCCCAUUCUCCCUCUUUCCAUCACCCCGCCCCAUUCUCCCGCUUUCCAUCAUCCCGCCCCAUUCUCCCUCUUUCCAUCACCCCACCCCAUUCUCCCUCUUUCCAUCACCGCGCCCCAUUCUCCCUCUUUUCAUAACCCCGCCCCAUUCUCCCGCUUUCCAACACCCCGCCCCAUUCUCCCGGUUUCCAUCACGCCGCCCCAUUCUCCCGUUUUCCAUCACCCCGCCCCAUUCUCCCGCUUUCCAUCACCCCGCCCCAUUCUCCCGCUUUCCACGACCCGCCCGAUUCUCCCGCAUUCCAUCACUUUGCCCCAUUCUCCCGCUUUCCAUCGCCCCGCCCCAUUCUCCCUCUUUCCAUCACCCCGCCCCAUUCUCCCGCUUUCCAUCACCCCCCCCAUUCUCCCUCUUUCCAUCACCCCGCCCAUUCUCCCUCUUUCCAUCACCCCGCCCCAUUCUCCCUCUUUCCAUAACCCCGCCCCAUUCUCCCGCUUUCCAUCACCCCGCACCAUUCUCCCUCUUUCCAUCACCCCGCCCCAUUGGAUGCCUCCUCUUUUGUGCUAGUCCACUAGGUUAG